GGCGCAGUAGCAUAACAUGCGCGGUUUUUCUUAAAUAAAAUUAAUUAAAAAAAUAACAAUUACACAAGUGAGAAUUUUGCCUGCUGGAAGUUCAAUUACAACAGAAUGACGAUUUCCACAAACAUAGAUAUUAUCAGGAGUGUAAUGGAUGGUGUGAUUGACAAUGGAAGUUUGGAAGCAAAGAAAUUCCCCAUAGAAUACAGGGUGUAUCCAAUACGAUGGCUGGUUCUCUUUAUAUUCGUUUUGUACUCUGCCAGUAACUCUAUGCAAUGGAUUCAGUACAGCAUCAUACAAGACACGGUUGUAUCGUACUAUGGGGUGCCAGAAAUCGCAGUGUACUGGACUUCUAUGAUCUACAUGCUCGCUUAUAUCCCUUUAAUCUUUCCUGCUAGUUAUCUUCUUGACAGAACAAAUCUUCGAGUAACAAUAAUAAUAGGUUCGUUCGGAAACUGCGUGGGCGCCUGGUUAAAGGUCCUCUCAGUUCGCCAGGAUUUGUUCUGGCUCAGCUUUCUGGGGCAAACUGUGUGCGCAUUCGCUCAAGCCUUUGUACUAGGCAUACCGCCACGUUUAGCUGCUGUCUGGUUUGGUGCUGAUCAAGUAUCAUCUGCUUGCAGCAUAGGGGUAUUUGGUAAUCAGCUAGGUACCGCUGUGGGAUUCCUGAUAACGCCAAUGAUAGUCCAGGCACAAGGUUCUAUGGAGCAAAUAGGAGAAGAUUUCAAAUUUCUCUUCUACCUUGUCGCAGGCUUCACUACUUUACUCUUAGUUCUCAUUAUUUUGUUCUUUAAAGCAGCACCAGCCACACCACCUUCAGCAGCAGCAGACCAGGAAUCAGCAGUUGACUCAAACUUCCUCAAAUCUUUGAAGUCUUUACUGACGAAUCGAAACUACGUCCUGUUACUAAUCUCUUAUGGCAUGAAUGUUGGUGUGUUCUAUGCUAUUUCGACGCUGCUGAAUGAAUUGGUGUUGAGGUAUUACGUGGGAGCAAAUGAAGACGCAGGUAGAAUAGGCGUCGUGAUUGUGGUAGCAGGAAUGGUUGGGUCUGUUGUUUGUGGGGUCAUCAUAGACAAGACUCACCGGUUUAAGGAGACAGCAUUUGCCGUAUAUGCUGCGUCAACCAUCGGAAUGGUUAUAUUUACCUUUACUUUGAACUGUGGAUACAUCGGUGUUGUGUACUUCAGUGGCAUUUUGCUUGGAUUUUUUAUGACAGGAUACUUACCUGUAGGAUUCGAAUUCGCUUCAGAAGUCACUUACCCAGAACCUGAGGGCACAACGUCAGGUCUACUUAAUGCUGGUGUUCAGGUUUUUGGUAUAGUUUUAACCCUGCUCUUCCAAUGGAUGCUUGGUACAGUUGGGGACAGAUGGGCGAAUGUGACCAUGUGUGCUAUUCUCGUUCUUGGCACUGUCAUCACAGCUGUCAUACAGUCGGACUUACGACGUCAAGCGGCAGAAAAGAAAGUGCCGAAAUAGGACUUCAUGCAAAUACAAAUGUUAAAUGCUUUACUAGAGAUGUGCUAAGUACUUGUUAAUUAGUUAUAAUCAGUAGAAGAAGAGUUUGAGAAUCAGAUUGUUCGGUUAAAGAUGGGAUAGUAUUGUGUCGGUAAACUAAUAGAAAUACAGGUACUCGAUAAACUUACUGCAUGUAAAACAACUGUGUGAGUCAGCAUUAUUUACUUUGGGAUUCCUAUAAAGUAUACCAUUGUACCAUGAGUAAAAUUAAGUAUUAUUAUUGCGUACUCCGUACUGUAUUUAAGUAUUUGUUAUGCGCUAGCGAAGUAAGAUUUUUUAUGCAAAUUACGCACACUUGGCUAAAAUAGAUUUAUAGAAGUUAUUUUUUUUAGUUUAGUUUUAUAAGUAUAAGACUUCGAGUCAGAUUAUUAUUCUAGGGAAAAGUAGUUCUUUAAACUAUUGUGGUUUAUUUGAGGAACGGCUUAUUUUAGGUUUCGAUUAUUUGUCACUUGUUUAUUCUGUAAUGUUUAACAUAAUUUACAAAUAAAGCUUUAAAAUACAUCAAUACGUUUAGUAAUUAAUUAUUAAUAUGUUUAAAAUUAAAUUCGGCAUGGAUUGUUUA